AGCAAAUAAAGGCUAACAACCAAAUUACUUAGUGAUCAAGCAUUCACUAAUUCGAAGAGCCCAACAUCACUCACCCCUUAUGACAACCUUGGCGUUCUCAGCAGCAUCAUCCAACCGGUGUAUCAGCAUUUGGACCCCAGCUGCUUGUCUCUUCUUAUAUAUCCUUCGGGGCCAAUACCUGCAUGAGGCACUGAGGGAUUAAGCAUUCACUAAUUCGAAGACCCCAACAGGAGACCGCGAGCAGAGCGAGAUCGAAAUGCGGAAAGCCAGAGAGGAUCUCGAGCGUCGGAUUCAGGACGAUCAGGUCGCGAGGGAGAUCAUGAGGAUUCCGGAGGAGGAGUGGGAGGAGUCCGGCGAAUUCUUCUCCAAGCCGUUCGGCGAAGGAUCAUCCUCGUCGUCAGCGUCGGCGAAGAGCGUCGAGGGCGAGAGCGUAUUCAGGCUAUACUUCAAGGGUUUGGUGAGCGAGGAAAGGGUUGGGAAGGAGAGGGCGGCACUGGCAGGAAUUGGGGUGGCGCUGUGCGAUCCAAGGGACAAUUUGUUGUUCGAGGUCAGGAAGCCGCUGAUUGGGAGCGGGACGAGCAGCAGUGGGGCCCAGCUGAAGGCCUUGAUCGAAGGGCUGAAUGCUGCUCUUGCUUUGGAUUUGAAGCGCCUCACCUUCUUCUGUGAGAAUCGCCACAUUUUCCAGUUUAUAACUGGUAAAUGGACAGCAAAGCAGCGCAAGGUAGCAAUGCUUGUCAGUCAGGUUAAGAGCCUUCAAGCAAAGUUUGCAGUUUGCAACCCAAUGCUUGUGCCCCGAUUUGAUAUUAAAUUUGCAUUUAAACUAGCAAGAGAUGCAAUAGAUUCUCAGUCUCAGACUAAUCAGUCUGCACAAUCUAUCACUUCCAAGAAUGUGAAUGAGACUUGCGUGAUAUGUUUGGAAGCUACUGAUGUUAACCAAAUGUUUUCGGUUGAUGGCUGCCUGCAUCGGUAUUGCUUUUCUUGUAUGAAGCAACAUGUAGAGGUGAAGUUGCUUCAUGGGAUGAUUCCUAGAUGCCCUCAUGAAGACUGUAAGUCUGAUCUUACUGUUGAUAGUUGUGCAAAAUUCUUGACACCGAAACAUGUGGAGACCAUGCGCCAACGCAUAAAGGAAGCUUCAAUUCCUGCCACAGAGAAAGUUUAUUGCCCGUACCCAAGGUGCUCCGCUUUAAUGUCAAAACAUGAACUUUUACAAGACGUGAAAUCGCGGGAUGUGGAAUUAUCAGGAGUUCGAAAAUGCUUGAAAUGUCAGUGCCUUUUUUGUAUCAACUGUAAAGUCCCUUGGCACAGAAACAGAACAUGCACCGACUACAAAAGGUUGACUCCUCAUCCCUCAGAAGAUACAAAGCUAAAGUCUCUUGCCUCAACGAAUCUGUGGCGCCAGUGUGUGAAGUGCAACCAUAUGAUUGAACUUGCUGAAGGUUGCUACCACAUGACUUGCAGGUGCGGGCAUGAGUUUUGUUAUAAUUGUGGAGGCGAGUGGAAAGACAAAAAGGCAACAUGCUCAUGCCCACUAUGGGAUGAGGGUAAUAUUUUGUAUGAUGAAGAUGAUGAAGAUUUUGAUUUUGAUGAAGAGGAUGUGUUAGAGUCAGAUUCUGAGAGACAUGCUCCUUGGUUUUGCUAUGACUGUGGACAGUCUACGGACUACAUGGGAGCAUGUUUAUGCCCAGUUUUGUUUGAAGAUGAUAUCUUGUUUGACGGAGAUAGUGAUACUCAGGAGUUGAAGAAAGAUGAAUAUGAAGGUGAAGUUGAGGAUGAAGGCCUAGAAGAAGACGGAUAUGAAGAUGAAAGUGGGCAGGAGGUUCAGGAAGAGAAGCAUAUCUUGCCUGCUGAAGAUGGUAGAGAUCUUGAUGAAGAAUACGAGGAAGAUGAGGAAUUCUGUGACUCUGACUGCGAAUGCUAUGAAGAUGAGGUUCAUGAGAAAGAGGUUCGAGAGGAUGUUCAGGAUGAAUGGUUGGAGCAAGGGCAGGAAGAUGAGAACUUCUAUGCGGAAAAUGAUAUAGAUUUUGGUGACGAAUAUGAGGAAGAUGAAGAGGAGUACUGGGACUCUGACUAUGAAUAUGAAGAGGAAGGAUUUGAAGAUGAAAGCGGGGAGGAGGAGGUUCAGGAAGAGAAUAAUAUCUUGCCUGCUGAAGAUGGUAGAGAUCUUGAUGAAGAAUGUGUGGAGGAUGAGGAGUUCUGUGACUCUGACUGCGAAUGCUAUGAAGAUGAAGUUCAUGAGAAAGAGGUUCGAGAGGACGUUCAGGAUGAAUGGUUGGAGCAAGGUCAGGAAGUUGAGAACUUUUAUGCGGAAAAUGAUACUGAUUUUGGUGACGGAUAUGAGGAAGAUGAAGAGUACUGUGACUUUGGCUGCGACCGCGACAGUGACUGCUACGACUCUAACUCAGAUUAUUACUGAUGAACAAAAAUAUGGCUGGUAUUCUUUGUACGAAGUAACCUGCAGAAGGGGCAAAAAAAUGGUGUUUGAAGUAUCAACAAAUUAUUUCUUUUUGUUCUCAAUUGCUUGUCCAUGAGGGUUUCUGUUUGAUCCGUCCGGUUUGACUUGUUUUAGUACAUAAGAGAGGGAGGAAAUGGUCGAAUGAGGACCCUCUCCGGAUCCUCUUUGUGAGAAUCCUAAGGAUCUUCAAAUCGUGUUCGUUUAUCGUAUAUCGUGCGGUCAGUUUUCAUCAGGUAUUAUUCAUAUUUAAUUAUAAAUAAAAGUAUUUAAAAUGAUU